ACAGCAAGCUUAUAAUGAUAAACUCAGUUCUCAAAGCAUCGUUGCUGGUUUGACCCAACCUGUUACCUCAAAUCAAAGCAGUGAAAAGAAUAGUAUCAAUCAUUCCAAAGACAUUGGAAGGAUAACGAAUAGUAGUAUCGGCAACAAUCCUAAUUUACCCACUCUUCCACCACUAAAUGCUCCUACGCAACAAAAUAGAGUGAAUGCGGGUGUCACUAAUAAUAGUAAUACUAUGAAUGGAGAUCCCGCUGAAAGGUGGAUAAUGGAAGAAGCAAGGAAUACUAACCCAAGGCUAUCACAGCUUCAACAGCCGCCAUUACCGUCACAGUCCCCACAGCAUCCAAUGCAACCUCUUCAUCACAAUCAAUCAUCCCCACAACAGCCUGAUAAUUCCGUGCUGAUUCAGUAUCAACACAUCGCUAGAGGGGAUAGUCAUAGAUAUUCACCCUAUCCGCAGACUCCUGAACAACGUCAUCAACUACAACAUAUGCAACAACAAAUGCAACAGGUACAGAGCACGAACAAUAUGGCGAUGAUGACUCAACAACCUCCCCAAGCUCAUCCGCCAUCACAAACACCGCAAGGAGCCCCACUCAAUCCAAACACAGCAGUACCACCACCAAGUAGCAACAACAACAAUAAUACCAACUCUCUUGGCGAAACGGGUGGAGCUUAUGGAUGUGGUAUGACGAAUUGUUUUGCUACUUUCCAACAAUCCAAUGGAUUGUUUUACCAUAUGAAAAAUGCUCAUCCCAACAUAGAAGAAGUACCCAAGCCUUAUAAAUGUGCUAUGCCAGGUUGCCCCAAGAGGUAUAAAAAUAUCAACGGAUUGCAAUAUCAUCUAAGAGAAGCGAAAGGAUCUUCAGGUCAUGCGCAUUUGCUAGGCGAUGGUGAGCAGAAUUCAAAACCGUAUCAGUGUCAAUUUGCAGGUUGUAAAAAGGCCUAUAAAACUCUCAAUGGAUUACGCUACCACCAACAGCAUAACCAUAAUAUGCCACCGCCUCCCGAUUCCCCGUCCCAGCAGCAGCAGCAGCAGCAAGCUCAAGUACAGGCACAACAAGCGCAACUCAUGCUCAUCAAGUUCAACAACAACAACAACAACAACAACAGCAAGCUCAGGCUCAAGCCCAUGCACAGCAAGUGGCAGCGGCACAAGCUGCUGCAGCACAACAUGCUCAAGUUCAAGCGGUUCAACACGUCCCGCAACAACAACAAGUCCCACAGGGGCAAGCACAACCACAACAAUCAUCCACUUUAUCUGAUUAUAGGUACAUAUAUAAAUAGAAUAUGUAUGCUUCGAAUAAAAUGCAUGUAUUAUCUAUAUCAUUUUUUUAUUUCACAAUCGAUAUAACCCCCCUCCCCCCUUUCUAGCUUGAUAUGUAUGCGAAAUCGUUCUUUUUAUGAUACAAACUUUUUAAAUAUACUCUUUUUUUUUUCCCAUUCGCAUCACAAUACAGACAAUAAAACUUUCUUCAAUGAAUAGACGCAAAU